AUGGAUGACGCAGCACCAGCUUUUUAUCACUCCCUUCCACAAUACUUAAAGAAUGAAUUGAUUCGACUGGAAAAAAGGGCUAUUUCAAUAAUAAAUCCAGGAAAGAAAUACUCUGCAACAGGAGAAAUUUUGAACAUCAAACCAAUAGAAGAACACCAUAAUUUCUUAUGCAAAAACUUGUUUGAUAAUGUUACAAAGGAUUCAAACAACAAACUUUAUGACCUCCUCCCACAGAAACAUAACUGGCAGCACGAUCUCAGAAAUGGUCAUGAAUUUGACAUUCCUCAUUUAAAUACUAAUC